AUGCUGCCCGAGACCCCCUCGAAGCGCGCACAGGCCGCUCUCCAGCAGGUGUCCAACUUUGGCGCCAACACUUCCAAGACGAAGAUGUACAUCUACGUGCCAAGCAAGCUGGCUGCGAGCCCGCCCAUCAUUGUGGCCAUCUACUACUGUCUCUAA